AUGAAAUGUCAGAAAUUCAAUCGGUUUUUCCACACCGAACGUCAACAAUUUGUUUCGUCCAAACGUCUAUGCAACAACUGCUUGCGAAAGGACCACAUUGCACGAAAUUGUCCUUCCAGCUUCAACUGCAAAGUUUGCAAUCGUCGUCACCAUACACUCUUACACGCUAGCACUGCGGAAAGUACGAAGAAAGCUUCCAACAGCGCCGAUUCUUCUGCUUCACAGUCGUAUGUGGCCCCAAUAUCUCAGCCAUCAACUUCACAUGCUGCAGAUUCCCAACAGACAUCGGUCACUGCCACCGAAAUUAUGCCCGUUGUGAAUUGCACCCCCGUUCAUCAGUCGAAUGAAAAUGUAUUUCUCUUGACGGCUGUGAUAAAAAUUGUAGACGCCUAUGGUCAAGAGCAUCUAGCACGAGCCCUCUUGGACAGCGCAUCUCAGCCCAACCUGAUCUCUCAACGUAUGGCCCAAAUCUUGAAAUUAAAACGCUACAAAGUCAACAUACUUAUCCAAGGAGCGGGCAAGCUGUCCAAACCAGUAACAGAAGCGGUUUUUACCGAAAUCAAAUCAAGAAAAGAAGAUUUCUCACAAAGUGUCAAUUUUCUGGUGAUGGACAAACCCACUGCCAAUCUCCCAGCACAUAAUGUUUCCAUCGGACACUGGAAAAUACCUGCAGAUUUGUUUCUUGCUGAUCCUCACUUUAACAAGUCACAACCAAUCGACAUCGUUUUGGGCGUGAAGCACUUUUAUUCAUUUUUCCCCGAUUCCACACGCAUCCACAUUGACCGCCAACAUCCUGUUCUUGUAAAUAGCGUUUUUGGUUGGAUAAUAGCCGGUGCAACAAGCUUCAACACAAACCCGAACAUUGUUCAACCCCAGAAUGUGAUCGCUAUAACCAUGAUCUCGCUAGAAGAAUCCCUAGAAAGAUUCUGGAGCAUUGAACAUUUGUCUGUGAAAGAUAAUCUAUCAAUAGAAGAGAGAAAAUGUGAAGAUUAUUACAAAAAAACUAUUCUUCGCAAGGUAGAUGGCCGCUACAUCGUACGCUAUCCGAAGCAGAACGAUUUCGAUAUAAUGCUAGGCACCUCGAAACCUAGUGCGCUUCGUCGAUUUGAAUUGCUCGAAAAGCGACUGGAAAGGGACCCACAAUUAAAAGCAGAAUACCACAAUUUCAUGCGAGAAUAUUUGGCUCUUGGACACAUGCGUCUCGUCAAAACAGAUACUACGACCUCGAAGACAUUCUACUUGCCUCAUCACCCGGUCUUUAAAGAAGCCAGUACGACGACAAAAAUGCGUGUCGUGUUUGAUGGUUCGACAAGAACUUCUACGAACUUCUCUCUAAACAACGCACUCUGUGUAGGCCCGGUUGUACAAGACGACUUACUCACUAUCAUUUUGCGAUUCAGAACGUACCAAAUCGCAUUAGUAGGCGAUAUCGCAAAAAUGUAUCGCCAAGUUCUGGUGCAUCCCGAUGACGUUCCACUGCAGCGUGUGAUUGGGCGUUUUUCCAAUGAUGUUCCUGCUCAAACGUACGAACUGCUUACUGUCACAUAUGGCUUAGCUCCGUCAGCAUACCUCGCUACACGUACGUUGAAUCAAUUAGCCGAAGAUGAAGGCCACAAUUACCCAUUGGGAGCCCGUGCCUUGAAGGAAAACUUCUACGUUGACGAUUUCAUCGGUGGGGCCCAAACGACUGAUGAAGCACUGCGUCUGCGAGAAGAAUUGAGUCAACUCUUAAGGAAAGGUGGUUUCAGUCUACGAAAAUGGUCUACAAAUCAGCUACAAGUAUUGCAUGGACUGAACGAUGAUGAAAUCGGGACACAAUCGAUGCUAAAUUUCAGCCCAAACGAAACGGUAAAAACGCUGGGAAUUAUGUGGGAACCAGAAGCAGAUGUGCUGCGCUUCGAUUCGCAACUAGAAACCAACGUCGAAAUGUCAACUAAACGAUCCAUUCUCUCAACCAUCGCCAAAUUGUUCGACCCGUUAGGAUUAAUCUCACCAAUAGUCUGGUUGAAAUCACCUCCAAACACCUGGAAAACGUUUGUGGCCAACCGUGUGGCUGAAAUCCAGAGCCUCACACAUGGGUGUCACUGGAAACACGUUUCAGGCCAAGAGAAUCCAGCAGAUUUAGUCUCCAGAGGUGUAGAUGUAGCAGACUUCAUCGAUAAUAAAAUAUGGAGUUGCGGACCGAAAUGGCUGAAAAGUGCUAUGCACACUUGGCCAACAUCAGUAACAUCACAGAUCCCCGAAACAGAACUGCAAGAAUUACGCAACAACUCUACAACACUUCACGCAGCCCCAGUAAUCCAAGCCGCUCCGGAAAUCAACCAGAUGUUUCUUCGCUGGUCAAGCUAUAGCAGACUGCUGCAUGUUAUAGCAUACUGCUUACGAUUCGCCAACAACGCCCGACAAAAGACCAGAACGUUGCCCCAAUCGUCUUCAAACUUCGCUGGAAAAAUACUUACCGCAGAACAAAUAAUGAAAGCUAAAACAAUGCUUACCUGUCUCGUUCAACAAGAAGUCUUCGGCGACGAAAUAAAGGAAAUAAGAAGGAACAAAUCGGUAUCGAAACAAUCAAACAUUCGCAAAAUGAACCCAUUCAUCGACCCAGAGGGAGUGUUGAGAGUAGGUGGACGAUUAAACUUGUCAGCAUUGCCAUAUCAAGCUAAACAUCCCGCAUUAUUGCCAGCAUCCCAUCCCUUCACCUUACUAAUCGCUCAAUAUUACCACACUAAAUUGCUUCAUGGCGGCGGGCGACUUUUACUAACGGCAAUCCGCGAGGAAUUUUGGCCUCUAAAUGGUCGCCGCCUCGUUAAAAGCAUUGUACGGAAUUGUUUUCGAUGCAAUCGUUUGAAUCCCGUACCCCUCCAGCAGCAGAUAGGCCAGUUACCCGCACAACGAGUCAUUCCAAGCCGUCCCUUCAGUGUCACCGGAGUAGACUACGCAGGUCCACUCUACCUCAAACCACCACAUAAGCGCGCAAGCUCACCCAAAUCUUACCUGUGUCUUUUUAUAUGCUUCACAACAAAGGCCGUUCAUUUAGAACUUGCUAGCGAUUUAUCCACCGCAGCGUUCUUAUCUGCUUUUCGCAGAUUCAUUGCAAGGCGAGGGCGUCCUGCCCAUGUGCAUUCGGAUAACGGAACAAAUUUUGCUGGUGCCAGCAACGAGCUUUCACAACUAUUCAAUAUGCUACAAAAUGAGAACCAGAUAAAAGAAAUCUAUGCCUUUUGCGCAGAUGAAGGUAUCGCCUGGCAUUUCAUACCACCAAAGGCGCCGCAUUUUGGCGGUUUAUGGGAAGCGGCUGUAAAAGUCGCUAAGAAGCACCUUUUCCGUCAAUUGGGUGGUAUAAAAGUUUCGUUCGAAGACAUGACGACCAUCCUCGCACAAAUAGAAGCUCAGAUGAACUCCAGACCGCUGCUUCCAAUCUCCGAAGACCCCAACGACUUGGCCGCGCUCACUCCAGCGCAUUUCCUCAUUGGCACGACGAUGAACGCCCUGCCCGACACUGACCUUCGUCACAUUCCAUCGAACCGGCUCGACCACUAUCAGCAGCUCCAACUUCACACGCAAAGAUUUUGGUACCACUGGCGACGUGAGUACUUACAGGAGCUUCAGAGGGACACAGUUCGUUCCAUCCGCAACGACGAACUCACACCAGGCAGGAUGGUCAUCGUAAUCGACGAAAUGCAGCCUCCCAUUCGCUGGCCACUCGCCCGUAUCGUGGAGUUACAUCCUGGAGAAGACAACAUCACUCGAGUAGUCUCGUUACGCACUACGAGAGGAAUCAUCACACGUCCGAUAACAAAAAUAUGUUUGCUGCCUUGCUCCACCGCUUCAUCCGAAUCCAAACCAUCCAUCGUGAGUCCCGCGGCACUGGAAGACGUCGAGCAGCAUUAA